AUGGCGUUGGCACUGCUGCUGUACCCACUAACGCUGCUCCUGCUCAAUGCUAUUCAGACGUGUGACAGUGAAAGUGGAUUAGUGGAUCUGUCACGCUGUCAGCUUUUUGAAGCUGGAAUUUUGUAUGAUGAUCUUCACUUGCAAGAUGAGAGCUGUAAAGGAACAGUUAAUGAUAACAGGGUGCUGAUCACAUUCAACAACAACAACAGAAUCUGUGGAGGAACUUUUCAGAGUAACGCCACACACCUGAUCUAUAACAAUUUGGUGAGUAGUGUUUCAGGAACUAUCACUCAUAACACCACCGUUCAUAUGUCCAUCUCCUGCGCCUACCCACUCAUCCAGAAGAUCUCCAUGCCCAAGUCGUUCCAGGUUACAGGAGGACUAAUCAGCAAGGAAUUACCUUCAGCUGAGGGAACGUACCAGGUCUUAAUGCAGGCGUAUCCUGAUAAUUCUUACACCUCUCCACUUAAUGGUUCGGUGACACUCAACAUGAACCAAAAGAUCUUCAUGGAUGUAACAGUGGUGGGAUUCGACAGUACAAAGAUCUCCACCGUGCUGGACAGUUGCUGGGCCACGCACAUUGAUAACAUCAAUGACACCAUCCGCUGGAACCUCAUCACUAAUGAAUGUCCCGACCCGAUGGAGAGUUCUGUGAACAUACUGCAGAAUGGCGUCUCCACAUCCAGCCAUUUCUCCUUUAACAUGUUCACCUUCAGCGGUUUCUCAGACAGCAUCCACCUACACUGUCAGGUUCACCUGUGCCUGUUGCAGGGGAACACCUGUACCCCGAAGGAUUCCCUUGAUGACUUCAUUCCGUUUCCUCCUCCACCACCUCCCGUUCACCACGGACCGGGAGGAGCAGAGGACGAUGUGGACGAAGAGGAAGGAAUGGAGAAUGUGCAACGAAAAAGAAGAGCAGGAGGGGAACCUGAUUCACCCCAAAUGCAGACACGGAAACGCAAAAGGACGGAAAACGAAUUGAGAAAGAUGAAAGAGAAGGAGAAGCACUUGAAUCAGGAACUCGCUAGGCUGGAAAAUAAACAGAAUAAAGAUAGGCUUCCUGAAGAAGCAGCAACGAGAGAGCUGCCGUCGGCACCUUCCUACGACGAAAACAGGCACGACCCUUUCCAGAUGCCCAACAUUCAGGUCAUGGGACCCAGUGGUCCAGAUUAUGUUUUCAGACCAUGGACUAUGGAUGAUAUCAGAACUGUGUGUGAAGAUCUUCCACCCAUUUCUGAGGGAGGACCAAAGUUUGUGGGAAAACUGAGACUGUUUGUUGAGGGUUGGAAGCCAUCCAUCAAUGAACUGGCAAGAGCAUGUGCAUGCAAACUCAAGCUGGACUGGACAAAAGUCCAAGGAUCACUACCUCUUACUACUGAUAUCUUUUAUGAUGCCACAGUGGGAGGCAGAUUUCAGACUGAGUACACAAAUCUGUGCAACAGAAUCGAAAAAGGAUUUCCAGUUAGACUGGAUCUCACAAAACUGUCUCAAACCAGACAGAUGGAAGGGGAGCAUGUCAACGAUUUUCUCCACAGACUUGAGGCUGUGCAUGAAGCUCAUUGCGGGAUUGACAAACCAGAGGAUUAUCCUGGUAUAGUCCUCUCAGCCUGGGAAAGCCACUUGAAGGAACGAUUCCUGAGCGGUCUGAGAAUUGAGAUUCAGAAGAAAGUGAGAGACGACUGUGUAGAAGCAGAAACUGGAAGACUCCAAACAAUCUUGGCAUUUGUGGUACAUGUUGAAAAGAGACUGAACGAAAAGAAACAGAGAAGUAAGGAAGACAGAGAAAGAAAAGAGCAUCAGCUUCAAUGCGCAGUUUUAGAAGCUGCAAAAGGUGGUUUCGGACGUGGACGAGGUCGAGGUCGAGGAAAGGGAAAACAAAAAGGAAAAGGAAAGUCAGGUCCAGAUGGCGAAAAGGAUUUCUCAAAGUACAAGUGUUACAACUGCAACCAACUUGGGCACAUUGCUAGAAACUGCCCUAAAAAGGACAAUGUCCGAGACGAACAAUUUGAGGAGGAGGUGGAAUGAGGGGUACAGGGAAUGAACAUCACAUCCACCAGACACCAAGAAUCCGGUAGCCUGCCUUCUUCUUACUCUGCACAAGCAGCUGAGCUUGUAGCUCUCACGGAGGCGUGUAAAUUUGCAGCAGGCCAUACCGUAACCAUUUACACAGACUCCAGGUACAGUUUUGGGGUUGUUCACAGCUUUGGGACAUUGUGGAAGCAAAGAAACUUCCUAACGUCAUCAGGUAAGGCGAUUGCACACCACACUCUUGUGUCAGCUCUUCUGGAUGCCGUUUUACUACCUAAACAAGUGGCAGCGGUACAUGUUCGUGCACACACAAACGGCUCGUCCCCUGAAGCACAGGGCAAUGCACGAGCUGAUGCAGCUGCAAAAAAAGCUGCUAGAGACCCGACUUACUUUUCAAUACAAGCAACAGUAAUUGAACCUCAGGACGUGACUGUUGAUGAGAUUCAACAGGCUAGAACAGCCAAGGAUGUAAAAGCCUGGCGUAGUUCGGGGUGUACGUUUAAUGGGAAGAUUUGGAAAGGCCCUGAUAACAAGCCAUGUCUACCUUCCUAUUACUUUCCUUAUUUUGCGAAAAUGGCCCAUGGGGUGGACCAUUGUUCGAGGGGAGGGAUGGUAGAUGCAGUUAAACAACAAUGGUUUGUUAAAGGCUUCUCAAAUUACUCGCAAACUUUUUCCAAAAAGUGUUUAACCUGCCUGAAGGUAAAUUCAGCAGGUGCAGUUCAAAAAACCCACACACACGGACAUCCAGAACCUGAUAUGCCAUUUGAUCACUUACAAAUGGAUUUCAUUGAAUUGACACCAUGUCAGAAAAAGAAGUAUGUGCUUGUGAUCGUUGACAUGUUCUCCAAAUGGGUGGAAGCAUACCCAACAACUCAUCAGGACACACUAACGGUAGCAAAAAUCCUGAUGAGAGAGAUUAUUCCUAGAUUUGGUAUUCCUAGGAAAAUAUCCUCGGACAAUGGACCCUCCUUUGUGGGAAAAAUCCUGACACACAUUAGUGAUGUGAUUGGCAUGCCAUUGCACAAACACUGCGCCUAUCAUCCACAGAGCGCAGGUUUGGUAGAGAGAACAAAUGGCACAAUUAAACAAAAAUGGAUUAAGGUCUGUCAGGAGACAGGGUUAAAUUGGGUUGAAGCCCUUCCAUUAGUCUGUAUGAGUUUGAGACAGAGAGUGUCAUCAAGAACAAAACUCUCGCCGUUUGAAAUAAUGUUCGGACGGCCACCAAACACGGGAUGUGCUCCCAAAAGGGACACAUUAGCCCUAGAAGACGAUCACAUGCAAAGAUAUUGUGCAACGCUGUGUUCUGUGUUGUCUGAUGUGCACAGGAGGGUGAAGGAGUCUUUACCUAGUCCGGCAGUGACGGGACACACUGUACAACCAGGAGACUGGAUCCUGACUAAGGUCUACAAGAGGGCUAACUGGAAAGCUGAUCGCUGGCAAGGACCAUUCCAGGUGUUGUUGGUUACU